AUGGACACUAAAAAGAAGCAGCAGCUUUCUCCUAUGGAUCUCCCAACAGAAUUGUUAAGAGGAAUUUUGUUAAGGUUACCAGUGAAGUCCCUUUUUCGAUUCAAAUGCGUCUCUAAGCAAUGGCUCUCUCUGUUAUCUGAUUCCCACUUUGCAAAAUCGCAUUUCGAUCUUACCAACAAUAUUAACAAUAAGCUCUUAUAUUUGUCCCGUGAUUUAUCCGGUGAUUAUUCUAACGCUUAUCGUGUAAAAAUAGCAGGAACUUCAAUUCAUCAUGAUUAUAGGGUUCAUCUUCAUGCAAUUUGUAAGCAUGAAAGCACUAGGAUUAUCGGUUCAUGCAGAGGCUUCAUUCUGUUGAAGAAUGACACAAUGCUGAUUCUUUGGAACCCGGUAACUGAUUUUUAUACAGCAGUGGCAUAUCCAGAUCUCGAUUUCUGGAAUUUGGAUUUUCCAUGUUCGUCUUUCUUUUGUGGUGGUGUCGGGUAUGAAAAAUCCACUGAUGACUAUUUAAUUGUCAUUGGAUCCAUUAAGGCUAUGCUGAAACCCUGGUGGAAGUUUUUCUCUCUUAGAACCAAUUCAUGGAAAGAAAUUGAGGGUGGUGAUCGCUUUUUCCCUUGUUUUCCUCUUCAUCGUCAAUUAGGAUUGGUAUACAAUGAAGCUAUUCAUUGGUUGGCGAUUCAUACUGGCAGUGAUGAUGAGCAUAGUUUUGUAAUUGUUGCCUUUGAUAUCCCGACGAAAACUCUAUCAAUGAUUCCCUUACCUUACCCACAAGAUACUAGGAAUUGUGAGUUAAGCCUCAUGGGAGGUGGAGGAUGCUUUGGAAUGUGGAUAAUGAAUAACACAGCACCAGAGAUAUGGGUGAUGAAAGAAUAUAAAGUGGAAUCAUCAUGGACUAAACUUAAUAUUGUUCUUCCUCUUUAUAGAGGUGUGAUUCCUUUGUGUUUUGCUGACAGUGGUGAUGAAGUUGUAUGCAGAAGAGGCAAUAACAGAGAGCUAAUGAAACUCAGCAACAACCAAGCAUGGGGAAGGUGUGUACUAAAUCCUUGUGAUAAUGAUCCAAUUCUAGUUAUGUUUACUGAGUCCUUGUUGUCACUUCCAAGUUCCAAGUAG